AUGGGAAGUGUCAAGUCCGACAUCGAGAAGGUUUCCGAUAUUGCGACCAUCGCUAAUUCGGAAUCAAUCUGCAAGGGGGAAAUCGAGGAUGAACUUGAUGUACCGAGAAGCCGAAAGAUCCUAUGGAAGACUGAUCUUGUCAUUAUGCCGCUUGUGACAUUCGGGAUGACUCUGGCCUUUCUUGACGAAAACGUAAUGCCCUACGCAGCAGUCUACGGAUUAGUCGACGAUACCCACCUACACAAACAACUGUACAGUUGGCUCGGGAGCACGUUUUACUUUGGAUACCUUUUCAUGGAAUUUCCGAAUCUGUGGAUAAUCUCCAAGUUCCCGGUCGGGAAAUACAUGGGAGCCUGCUUUUGUGCCAUGGGCAUUUGCGUCUGUCUGCUGACUGCAUGCAACAACUUCGCAGGUCUCGCCACCCUCCGCUUUCUCCAGGGCGCAUUCGAGGCCGCCAUGCUUCCCUGCCUUCUUUUCAUCAACUCCAUGUGGUACCGUCGCGAGGAACAACCCCUGCGGACAGCGCUAUGGGCGAACACUUUUGCUGGAACUUUCACAGGGAUCCUAAGCUAUGCUAUCGGUAAUAUCGGUGGUCCACUGGCAACAUGGAGAUACAUUUUUAUCAUUUACGGCUCAACCACACUCACCAUGGGUGUACUCAUCUUCCUAGCAUUACCGGACUCUCCCUCAACAGCAUGGUUUCUGACCAAGGAGGAGAGACCUAUCGCAAUCCGUAGAGUUGCGAUGAACCAAACUGGAGAUGCAUCUGAGAGCCGAAUCGAAUGGGGACAAAUCCUCGAAGCCCUGAGAGAUCCGAAAUACUGGUGCAUCGCGACAUUCUUUGUAGCGCAGGCUAUCACGAAUGCCGGUAUCACACAAUUCAAUCCGCUGAUCAUCUCAGGGUAUGGCUUUUCUCGACCGAAGACGGUCUUGAUGGCUACUCCCCAAGCAGCAAUUGCCAUGGUAGCGCAGGCUACUUUGACGGCCAUCACCUUCUGGGUGCCCCACCUCAGAUGUAUCCUCUGGGUCUUCUCCAGCUGCGUUGCAAUGGCUGGCGCAUCUAUGGUCAAGUGUUUGGAUCCAGCAGUCCAUCGCGAUGCCUCUCUUGCUGGAGUCUACCUGCUGGGCUUUUGGAACGUCCCUUGGGUCAUGGUCCUGAGCCUUCAAUCCUCGAACGUGGCAGGGCUGACAAAGAAGAGUUUCGUUUCAGUGUCUGCCGCAAUUUUCUAUGAUGUCAGAAAGAUCAGAGGCUAUGUGUAA